AUGAAGGAUUUGUCAGUGCUUGCACUCAGUCAUCAUCUUCCAAUACCAGGCGAAGCAGAUUUCCCACUUAAUAGUAUGUACAAGGCGCCAACAAAUAAGAAUGAGGAAGCUGCAUAUAUGGUUACAGAUUUGAUGCGUGCUUAUCUCCUGCAACUUCGUCAGGAGCUAGGAGUACGAUUAUUCGAGCAUGUUUACGGAGAAAGCAAUGAAAGGCCAAGCAAAUGGUGGAUGUGUUUCGCAAGAAGACGCUUUAUGGAUAAAGGUUUGGUGAGUCCUGGUGUUGUGUUGUAA